GACUUUGUGCAAUGUGGAAACGUACCAUGACUGUUCUAAUGGGCAUCAAGCAUUUUACCUAUCCUUAACCAUUGGUCAUAAAAAUUAUGUGACAAAAAAUGUUUGCAUGCUGCUCUAUCUAUAUUUCGUCACGAUGUCUGUGAUAAUCUUAUGACAUGAUAUAACGUAGAUAUAAAUAUUAUUUUACGUCCAUUUUUCCUAGAAUGUUAACAUACUUAAAUUGAUAACCUAUCGAGUACUAGAAGAAAAAUGUAUUCUUUAUCCAAAAAUCUGUUGAUUUUGGAUAUUAUCAAUAUUUCAACAGUUAAGGAAAAUGUCAUGUUUUGUUAAUUGUUUUCGUUCAUUUUGAUCAUUUUUUAUUUCAGAAACUUUUGAUUUCUUUUUACGGUGAUAAAUAGGAUAUGCUAACGUUGGUAAUAAUGACUGUCAGACGAAAAUUCGCUGCAUAUUCAGCGAACAGCAAAAUGGCCAAAGGAUGACAACAUACGGCUGUCAGUUGAAGGAGAAAGUUGAUAUUUUGAAGAGAAUUAAAGGAAAAUGUCUCACAUUCAGUAUGUGGACGAAUUGGUCAAGGAAUAUUUACUCUUCAGAGGUUUUAGCCAAACCCUGAAAGCUUUUGAUAACGACUUGAAAGCCGAGAAAGAGAAAGGCUUUAGGGUUGAUAAGAUCGUCGAUCAAUUGAUGCAAUACAUAUACAAUUAUGACUUAGCAUCUUUAAGAGAAUUAUGGGGACAUUUAGACAUGAGGAUGUUCUCCCGUUUGGAAAGUCAUUUUACACCAGCUGUGAGAAAACUAGAGAAUGCUGUCCUAAAAAUGUACUUGGUUAAUGCAGCAGUGAACAAUAAACAAGAUCGGAUUCAAGAAUUUUUUACAAAAAUGACACCAGAGUUACAAGGACAUUCAGAGUGGAAAGAAUGGUUUGCAUUGCCAUUUGUUAAAAAUCCCGAAGACAAUCCAGCAUACUCUGUACAUUUUAGUAGACAAUGGCAGGACACUAUGUUAGUGUCCCUGCACAAUUUCCUUGCUACUAUUUUUCAAUGUAUGCCUCAACCGACGUUGCUUGCGAUAGAUGAGGACACAAAUAGAUUGAAACGGCUUCAAGAAGAGAAUGAACUAUUGAAACAACGUUUAAGCGAGUCUGUUAAGAUAGAAAAUGUAAUGGAUGUGAAUCCAGGACCAGCUCCUCAGCAUCCACCACUCAUGGAUGACUUUUACAUUAUAGCACAAGAAUCUCCUUUAUUAGAGAAUCCAAAAACCUUAAGGAAUCUCAUAAGAAAUAUAGGCGGCGGUUCCAGUCCAAUUUUAAGUAGAAAGCCUGGGACAAGUAUAAGAAAAGUAGUAGAACCAGAAGUGACAUCAACAAAAAGAACCAAUACGAAAGGAAAAAUACAUUCGAUCAAUAAAUCCGAACCUGUUAGUAAAAGAAGUAUUAGUUGUGAUUCAAGAUUAACAAGCUCUAGAAAAAGAGAUUCGUCUAUCGAUGCAGUAGCUGAGCGAAAGGCUAAAGAUAAAAUCGAUUCCACUUACAUCCUUCUUAGUCAGGAAGAGUAUACGGAACAUAAAACAUCAAUAAUUCAAUGUAAAAGUAAUGCAAGUGGCUCCUAUGUAGCUACAGGUGAUGCAGAUGGUAUUAUUAAAGUAUGGACCCCGAUACCUUCACCAAAAACUGUUACUACAUUUAUCUCUGCUCCAGCAAACUCAAACAAAGCAAUUACUGCGUUAGACUGGAUAUCAAAAAAUGAGCGUUAUUUUUUACAUGGUGAUAACAAUGGAUUGAUUCAAUUACAUGAUACUCGUGAUUGCAAAACCUUAUGGGACAUUCAACAUGAGAACUCUCGAAUCAUUACUUUGUUAUGCAAUCCAACGGAAUCUACAUUCGUAUGUUCCGUAUCAGAUUCGAACGAAGGAAAAUUAUUAUUGUACGACAUAAAAACAAGAAAACUAGAAAGAACUUUACCUAUGGAACAAAAUGUAACUGCGUUGUGUUCCGCAUUUAAUCACAACGGGCAGCUCCUUAUCACAGGGUUAUCCAAUGGAAAUAUUUUAAUACAUGAUUUAAGACGGAACGAAAUUAUCGAUAAUAUAAGCUGUCAUUCGAGUCCAGUUAUUGAUAUAGAACUAAUUAAUGAUUAUACAAAUAUCUGUACACAAAGUGAGGAUGGAAAAUUGUGUCAAAGAAGUUUGAAUCAUUCAGGAAAGAUUUUAUGGGAAACGAAAAUCAAGGUAGAGAAAAACACAGUUCAUGGAAAAUUGUUCACUUUUGACCAAAGCGGUAACUAUAUGCUACUUUGUACACAAACUGGAGGAAAUAUAUAUAAAAUGCCACCAGGUGCACAAGCAAAAAUUUUAGAAUUAGGCGGACACAAAGGUACACUUUGCUGCGACUGGUCCACUGCCAAUCAAUCCGGAACGUGUAUAACUGGUGGCGCGGAAGGGAAAGUACGCGUGUCGACGUUGCUCUCACCAUGAUACAGAAGCAAAAUUAGUAUCUGUGUGAAUUCAUGAAAUAAUGUGUAAAAUUUCUAAAACUAGCUCAAAUUUGUAGAUACUAAAUAUAUAUCUAGAAUACUGAACGUCAA